UUAUUCUGUCAUAACUCAUCCAAAACAUUUCAUUCAAUAAUAGCUCAAUAGUUGGAUAGAUAGAUACAAUAGAUAGGUGCACAAUAGACAGGUGCUAAACAGUUAAAUAAUGUUGUCUGAAUAUAAGAAAUUGAACAUUUAUUCAAUAAGAAGACAAAAUUAACCUAACCUAAAUACUGUAGCUCCACUAGCUAAAUACUGUAGCUAACUAGACGGAUAGAAGCUAACUAGCCACACUAGCUACCUAGAUGCUUACUAGAAAACUAUAUAGAUAAUCUAACUAGCUUCAGAAGCUAAUUAACCAUGAUAGAUAGAUAUAUUGAUACAAUGAUAGGUGUUUUUUAAGAUUGUUUACUUUCUUUUUAAAGUCUAUGUGCAGCAGCCGUUUCUUGUUGUGGACACUCACUAAUUAGACAGCUAGCAAGGCCCUGAAUAGCCACGCCAAUUCGACUUAUUUAUCCCGCGGGGAGGAUUAAGAAUCAAGUUGGCAGAUUUUGACAUUUUUAAAGACAUUUACUUUGGCAUGCGUCUGUUGCAACAGAGGCGUAAUGGCUCAUGUGUGUCAUGGUACCUGCACAGUUCUGGCCAUAUCCCUAUGUGUCUGUGUGAAAUGCACUCAUCAAUAAAUGCGGGAUCUGCUCCUGCGGCAGUUUUGCGGCAUCUCUGUGUGAAAGAGGCUAAUGAUAUGAAACUGACAUGUCACGUAGGUGAGAAAUACUCAGUGGAUGGUUGCGAUCUUUCCACUCUCCCAGUCGGACGCUCAGGCGGCAUCUUUGUGUGCCCCUCGUAUGCUUUUAUAACAUAGACAGGUAGAUUUCACAGAAGAAGGCCCGCCUCCUCGUCUGUCAUUGGCUGUCUGGCUCGCUCGGAACCAACAGCGCCUCCUCCCCACUGCCAAGUGACGUCUCUCUGCUGUGGCGGUCCGCACUUCACUUCCGACCUCCCUGGCUGUCUGAGGCUGCCAGAGUGUCUGAGUGUGUAAGUGUGUUUGUCUCUGUGUGUGUGUGUGCGUGUGCCUGUGGAGGCAUGUGGUAUAGAAUGGAGGACAGGGGUUAUGGGGGGAACAGUUCAUGCUGAGGAUGAUGAGGAUGGGCUUCCCUCAGCCGUCGCAGGCUCAGGUGAGCCCCGGGCUCCAGACUGAGUGUUAGCCAUGUUGGGUCAGGCCCAGCCAACCACCAGCACGCUGCAGCUGGUCGCCAACGACAUGAGCGGCAUCAUGGAGACGCUGGAUGCCCGUGAGCUCGACACGGAUGACAGCCACUAUCACACCACCGAUGCUGGAGUACCAGCAAAGACUUUGUCCUUCAUGGCUGUCUACAACACGGUGGGCUUCAAGGAGAGCAAGGCUGACGUCUUCCUGUCCUCGCCCAUCACUGCCAAGAUCCUGGAGGUGGAGCGCUUCACGUCAGCCCAGGACCGCUUCAACGUGAGCCAGCAGAGGAGCGUCAGCAAGUCAAUGCCUGCGGUCUACAAGAUUGAGAUGAAGCAUGGUGAGUUCACCUGGUUGGUGAAGAAGAAGGAGAAGCACUUCCUGGAUCUGCACAGAGACCUGAGGACCUACAAGACUGUCAUGAGCCUGCCUCGGCUGACACGCGGUCACACCCUAAGAAGGCCGGCGGGCACCGCGGACGAGAGGAACAUUCCCAGCCUGCCCAGAGGUGGUGGAGAAGAGCUGGUCAGGGAGGAGCAAGUGUCCAGCAGAAAGAAACAACUGGAAGAUUACCUCAACAAGCUCCUGAAGAUGCCCAUGUACCGGCACUACCCCGGCAUGAUGGAGUUCAUUGAUGUCAGCCAGCUGUCGUUCAUCCACGAUCUGGGCCCAAAAGGCUUAGAAGGAAUGGUGCUAAAGCGAUCCGGUGGCCAUCGGAUCCCUGGCUUGAACUGCUGCGGUCAGGGCAAGAUGUGUUACCGCUGGUCCAAACGCUGGCUGGUGGUGAAGGACUCCUUCCUGCUGUACAUGAAGCCCGACUCAGGUGCCAUCUCCUUUGUGAUGCUUUUCGACAAGGAGUUCAGCAUCAAGAUGGACUCCAAGGACACGGAGACGCAGCACGGCGUGCGCGUGGACAGCCUCUCCAGGUCGCUGGUGCUGAAGUGCAGCAGCUACAGACACGCCCGCUGGUGGGGCCAAGCCAUCGAGGGAUUUGUGCACAAGCACGGCGGCGCCUUCCUCACCGACCACCGCUUCGGCUCCUUCGCCAUGCAGGAGGAGAACAUCCCGGCCAAAUGGUACGUGAAUGGGAAAAACUAUAUGGAGGAUGUGGCCAACGCUCUAGAGGAGGCCAAGGAAGAAAUCUUCAUAACAGACUGGUGGUUGAGUCCAGAGAUCUUCCUCAAGAGGCCCAUCGUGGAGGGAAACCGCUGGCGUUUGGACCACGUGCUGAGGCGUAAAGCGCAACAAGGAGUGCGUGUCUUUGUGAUGCUCUACAAGGAAGUGGAGCUGGCGCUGGGCAUCAACUCAGGCUACAGCAAGCGAACGCUCAUCCACCUUCACCCCAACAUCAAGGUGAUGCGUCACCCCAACCACGUCUCCUCCGCCGUCUACCUGUGGGCGCAUCAUGAGAAGAUCAUCGUUAUUGACCAAUCCGUGGCCUUUGUGGGCGGGAUCGACCUGGCGUAUGGCCGCUGGGAUGACCAAGAGCACCGUCUGACGGACGUGGGGAGUGUGACCUUCUCGCACCAGGAGCAGGGUGAGGAAUCCACCACCAAUGUGGCCGCCCAAGCCAACGGUAGUGGCGGCGUGUCUGGCGGCUACGCGAACGCCGCAUUCUCAGCGGAGGACUCGGUGGCACAACCAAAGCUGAAGGGUCAGGGGAGGAUGAGGAGGAUGAAGAUGAGCAUCAAGAGGCACCUGCAGAAACACGGCCUGUCUCACCCCGACAGCGACGAUGAGCUGGACGACAAAGACCGGAAUGAGGCGGAGCGAAACCUGCAGUCGGACGUUGGCGAUUUGUGCGGGAACACGCGCUUCUGGCACGGAAAAGAUUACUGCAACUUUGUGCACAAGGACUGGAUAGAACUGGACAAACCUUUUGAUGAUUUCAUAGACAGACACAUCACUCCCAGGAUGCCCUGGCAUGACAUCGCCUCUGUGGUUCACGGGAAAGCUGCCCGCGACGUCGCCAGACACUUCAUCCAGCGGUGGAACUUCACAAAGAUCGUGAAGCCCAAAUAUCGUUCCCUGUCCUUCCCGUAUCUGCUGCCCAAGUCACACACCACUGCCGGAGAGCGGCAGUAUCAAGUCCCCGGAUGCACCACCACUAAAGUUCAGAUCCUUCGCUCAGCGUCGGACUGGUCGGCCGGCAUCAAGUACCAUGAAGAGUCCAUCCACAACGCCUACGUGCAAACCAUCGAGAACAGCCAGCAUUUCAUCUACAUAGAAAAUCAGUUCUUCAUCAGCUGCGCAGACAACAGGCACGUUUUCAACAAGAUCGGUGAUGCCAUUGCCGAGCGCAUCAUCAAAGCGCACAGGGAGGGUAAAAAGUACCGUGUGUAUGUGGUCACACCUCUGCUGCCCGGCUUUGAAGGUGACAUCAGCACUGGAGGAGGCAGUGCCAUCCAGGCCAUCAUGCACUUUAACUACAGGACCAUGAACAGAGGCGACCAGUCCAUCAUCUCCCAGCUAAAAAGAGAGAUGGGAGACCAGUGGAUCAACUACAUCUCCAUUGCCGGCCUGAGGACCCACUCCGAGCUGGAGGGGAAGCUGGUCACAGAGCUCAUCUACGUGCACAGCAAGAUGCUCAUCGCCGACGACAACACCGUCAUCAUCGGCUCGGCCAACAUCAACGACCGCAGCAUGCUGGGGAAGCGGGACAGCGAGGUGGCCGUGAUCGUGGAGGACUCUGAGACGGUGACGUCGGUGAUGGACGGGAUGGAGUACCAAGCAGGACGCUUUGCUCUGCAGCUCCGCCUGGAAUGCUUCAAGACAAUUCUGGGCGCUCACACGGACACCACCAUCAACGUGUUGGACCCCAUCAGUGAUCAGUUCUACAAGGAGGUCUGGAUGACCACAUGCGCUCGUAACGCCACCAUCUACCAGAGGGUUUUCCGAUGCCUGCCAUCCAGCGACGUCCGAAACCUCCUAGAGCUGGAGAGCUACCUGGCCAAGCAGGGCCUGGACAAGGAGGACAUGGCCCGAGCUCGUGAAGAGCUGAGGAAGAUCCGCGGUUUUGUGGUGCAGUUCCCGUUGCAGUUCCUAUCCGAGCAGAACCUUCUCCCUCCCAUCGGCUCCAAAGAGGCCAUGAUGCCCAUGGAGGUGUGGACCUGAGCCCUCCUGGGUGUGUCUGACACACAGGACUUCAUCCAAACUUUUUUUUUGCCCCGCCAAACCUCAUCUCAUCGCUCAUUAACAUCACGUCUGAUAAAAUAAUGACAUCCCUCCCUCUGCCUCAAAUGGCAAAAAAAGGCAGACGUGUGGAGAUGCUGAGUGACAUCAUAACGGGUCGUCAUGGUGACACAAGCAGCUUCUCAGCAGCAGUGAGGUGGUGAAAGUUCUGAAGGCAGUAGAACAGCAUGAUGUAUGCAACGUCCGUGGGUAUUGAAUGUCAAGAAGACACUACCAGUCCCACCCCCUGCCUACUGGCCACACCCCUUGGCCACGCCUGCUUCUACAUGUGAUAUUUACAUCAAAUCCCAAGUGCCAAAUGUAUGACAGACCUUCAGUGCUCGUUCUGUGCUAUCCAUCCAACAACCGCGAGUAACAGUUUGGAACGUGAGCGCUUGUGAUGUGUUCAAGUGUCAUCUGCGGAUUUGUGAUAUUCCUCCAAAAGCUGUGAACGCAGCAUGUGUCCUCUGUGAUAAUGAUCUGCAUGUACUCUUCGUCUUUGGAGUCUUCCUCUCUACCUCGCUGUGCUCCUACCUCCCGCCGCAGCUUUUGUAGUGGAUUCCCUUAUGAUGUCCUCUUAAAGUUGCCUUGAAACAGCAAGCUAACCAAGACGAGACUUCUCCGCAUGUGUCCCUCUACUCGACUCGAGAACACUGUGUCUCCACCAAAAUGCAUUAUUUGCACAAACUGUCGUGUUCUUGUGGCAAACGUCUGCACGCCACACUGUGCAUGAGCUCGUGCAAAUAAAGAAAUAAUGAGGUUAA